GAGUAUGUGUUAUGUAUUAUACUUCACUGUUAUGUCUAGUCUAACGUAUGUCGAUCAAGUGCUGCGCAUCAAGCCACCCGUAGGAUACACAGGCUUUGUGUGCACGUCAACAGGUGUCAAGUACCAAGAAGCAGUUCUCAAAGUCGUCCAUUUAUAUGCAGCUAGACUGUCACGUUCAUUUAGAUCUAUACCUUCAGAUUGAAUACGAUUUGUCACUGACCCCGUUAAAUAGCUUGCGCGCGAAAAUCUUAGCCCAGUGACGUCAGGGAGGCGGGAUAAAGCUGUAUCAAUCUGCUGUUGUCAACGCAUCCCCUGGUAAUCAUUACAGAGGAAGUGAAGCGUUACUUCGCCAAAAUAAUAUAAGCACGAAUUAUAUUCCCGGAUAUUGAUCAUAGUUAAAUCUUGGUAAUUUUUUCCACAAUGUUCCACAUAAUUAAAAAAUACACUUAGUGACUGCAUGCUUUUUAAAAGUAUAAUUGCCACAGUAAAGAUACAAAAAAACUGCGAAGUAUAGAAUUUUAAAUGUCAUAAUAACAUAUUGAAAUGUACCUAUUAAAUAAAUGUAGAGUCCAGUAAAAGUAUUAUAACUCAAACUUAAGAUCUCUUAGAUAUUUGGCUUUACAUUAAAACGGUUUAGCAACUUUAGUUUGGAAUAUGUUUCCGGAAGUAUCGUCUUUUACUUUGGCUAAUACCGAUGUUAGCACAUACCGACUCAGAGAACUAAAUAGCUAGUCAGCUAGCCAAAGGUGGCUACUACCGCUCACCACAAAAUCGGUUCUAUAGUCUUCUGUCUUACAGAUUCUAAACGCAGAUAUACAAUGCGUAUUCUCAGUAGGUCCGUGGAAUAGGCUUCGUGGGAUCUAAAGGCGAUGUUGUGAAGAAGUGGAAACGUUAAAUAAUGUUGAAAUAUACCGGCUGUAUCAGCAAAGUCUAGCAGGCUAACGGUGGUUCUUUAGCUUCGAGAAGUUAGGCGGCUCGCUAAGCAACCAUUACUUUAGACCGCCGGCUGUCGAGCGACCUGUGUCUGUCAGUUGGCAUACCAGAAGUGAAGGUGUGAUCAGUGGCCUAUGAGGAAGCCACGUCGAAAAGGCCAGGUGGCCGAGGGAGGUGGCACAGAUGUCACCAGGAAGUCCAACGGGACAUCUGGUGGGCGUGCGAGUGCCCGCCAGCGAUCGCCAUCCCCUUACAGCCUCAAAGCAUCUCCAAGUAGAGAAACUCUGACGUAUGCACAGUCCCAGAAGGUGGUGGAGGUGGAACUAGAUGGUAGGCUUCACCGCAUCUCUGUACUUGACCCCCUUGAGAUCAUUACUGAGGAUGAGAUGAUGGCUCAGGACAUUAGUGAGUGUAAUAGCAACAAAGAGAACAGUGAGCAGUCAUCAUCUCCCACUAGCACUGUUCAAACAGCCCGCAAACCUAGCACACCUAGGGGCCGCAGGAAAGACUCUAAAUGUUCGUCUAUCAAGUCGCCACCACCUUCGAAGAACCGCUGCCCCAAUUCUCAUCCACAAACUCCUGAAAAGUUACAUGCAACCCACCAUUACCAGAAAACCCUUCCUGAACCCAAGUUUCGUGUUCUUGAAACCUUUAAACCAGUUGAGGCACCUCCUCUGCCUACAGCAUAUUACCGCUAUAUUGAAUGCUCAGGUGACGAGCAGGAAACUCAGGCAGAAUAUGACAUGGAUGAGGAGGACUCUGCUUGGCUGGACAUGGUUAACGCUGGCCGCAAAUCAGAGGGUUACGCAGCUGUCUCACCAGAUACCUUUGAGCUGCUGGUGGAUCGGCUAGAGGAUGAAGCGUACCAGGAGGCCCGCAGCAGAGCACCCUCUCAGAGCAUGAUUGACGAUGAUGCCUUCUGCUGCGUGUGCCUAGAUGAUGAAUGCCUUAACAGCAAUGUCAUUCUCUUCUGUGACUCCUGUAACCUGGCUGUACACCAGGAGUGCUAUGGAGUUCCCUAUAUUCCAGAGGGCCAGUGGCUGUGCCGCUGUUGCCUCCAGUCCCCUCAGAGACCAGUUGACUGUGUUUUAUGUCCUAACCGUGGUGGCGCCUUUAAGCAAACGAGCGAUGGGCGCUGGGCACAUGUGGUAUGUGCUAUCUGGAUCCCUGAAGUCUGCUUUGCCAACACAGUGUUUCUGGAACCAGUAGAAGGGGUCGAUAACAUUCCCCCAGCACGAUGGAAAUUGACUUGCUACCUGUGCAAGCAAAAAAACUCUGGUGCAUCUAUUCAGUGCCACAAGGCCAACUGUUACACUGCGUUUCAUGUCACAUGUGCUCAGCGUGCUGGUCUGUUUAUGAAGAUUGAUCCUGUGCGAGAGACAAACGUCAACGGAACCACGUUCACUGUCAAGAAAACUGCAUUCUGCGAGGUCCAUUCACCACCUGCACAAGAAACCGCCUCGGAUGAGGAGAGUGAAGGCAGGGUGGUGGGCAGCAGAGGGAGGGCUAGCCGAGGACGAAGUGCCUACACAGAUGGUCCAGCAACACAGAAGAAGGGCAAAAACCCAGAUCAUGAUGCCAAGUCCAGGAAAAAGAAAGGAAAAAAGACCACAGAGGCAGCAGCACAACUCACCGCUUCACCACAAGUCACAGUAUCUCAGAUACCAACAAGCAGGCUGAACAUAAUCUGCAAAGGUGUCCUCCUUCAGAAGAAAACCCAUUUUAUACAGAGGCUUCAUAACUACUGGUUAUUGAAACGCCGAUCGAGAAGCGGCGUGCCGCUUGUCCGGCGUUUACACUCUACCAUCCAGUCUCAAAGGAAUACUGAACAGCCUGAGGAGGAUGAGAAGGUCUCUGCAGCAAAGGAAGCACUGAGAUAUUGGCAGAAACUUCGGCACGAUCUUGAAAAAGCUCGGCUACUGGUGGAGCUCAUCCGCAAGAGGGAGAAACUCAAACGAGAGCAGGUCAAAGUUCACCAGGCAGCGAUGGAGUUGCAGCUGACCCCCAUGCUGGUGCUGCUUCGCUCAACUCUAGACCAGCUGCAGGAGAAAGACACGGCUGUGAUAUUUGCAGAGCCAGUCGACAUCAAGGAGGUGCCAGACUACCUAGAGUUCAUCAGUGAGCCCAUGGAUUUUUCCACCAUGCGCACAAAGCUGGAGAGCCACGCCUAUCGCUCAGUUGCUGACCUGGAAGCUGACUUCAAUCUAAUGGUGUCAAACUGCCUUGUCUACAACAACAAGGACACCGUCUUCCACCGAGCAGCCCUGCGUCUUCGAGACUUAGGGGGGGCCAUACUGCGUCAUGCCCAACGUCAAGCCACGAACACCGGCCUAGAGUUGGAGACUGGCAUGCACCUUGCAGUGUCACCACAGAAAAGAGACUUUUACAGCUGCACCUGGGAUGAUGUUGACAGUGUCCUGGACCCAGACAACCGGCUUCAUAUGACUGUGGAGGAACAGCUGAAAGAGCUGUUAGAAAAGCUGGACUUUGUCACGUCCAUGCGCUGCAGUGGCGCCCGAACUCGACGGAUUCACCUGCUUCGUCGUGAGAUCAACAGCAUUAGGUACAGGCAGGGCCCGCAUUCCCGCAACAGUCUUCACAACGGACAUUUAAAAGAAGACAACGAGGAUGACGAGGAUGAAGAUGGUGAUGACAAAGACACCAAGACAGAUAACACCCUCUCGUCUUCAGACAAAGAUGACCUCAAAGCUGCUUCGCCACCAACACUGGAACCUACGGGGCCAGCUCCUCCUCCACGACAAGAGGACGCACCUCUGGACCCUCCAACAUUGCGGCCGAUCACAGGCGAGCCCCGUCCCCACAGCUGCGCCUGCAAGCACCUAAAGAUGGACAGUGAUGUCUUAGAGAUUAUUAAUUGCACUAAAGCGGAUGAGCAACUUCCCAUUUUGCACAAUGAGGGGCAGACCAUGGCUAACGGCCUGCCAGAACACAACAUCCCCCCAAGACCUACCACUGGAGGUGUUGGACGACGAACCUCUGUGUUAUUCAAGAAGGCGAAGAAUGGCGCAAAGUUAUUCAGAGACAAUCCUGUAAUGAACGGAAAAGGGCCGCAGGACGACGAAGCUAGCAACACCUCUACAGCCCCCAACUCCACAGCCAGCACCCCAUCUGUGACACCAUUGUCUACUCCAUCCAAAACCCCGCAGAAAAGCCCUGGACCCCCCAACCUCAGUGAACACCAUCCAGACCCGUGCUCAGACAGUGAGCUGGAAAGAACUCCAAAUCAUAAUGUGGAAAGUGGACUGACCAAUGGCUUCAACAAGCAUAAAGACAGUGGGUCUGACUCUGAAUAUGGCCCUUUUCCUGUCCUCCAGAAAGAAAUGAGCUUACCACCCAAACGAAGCAUUGGAAAACCAGCUCUUUCCAAAGUUCCUUUCCUUGAAAUUGUCAAUGGCGACACAGAUUACACUGGAAAUGGUGGCCAAACACCUGAGAAUGACACAGAGCUUGAACCUCUGGAUCUGGUUUGGGCCAAGUGUCGAGGAUAUCCCUCUUAUCCUGCGCUGAUCAUUGACCCCGAAAUGCCUGAGGAAGGGCUGCUGCACAAUGGGGUGCCCAUCCCUGUCCCGCCCAAAGACGUCCUUAAUCUGGGGGAACUGAGGCAGGAGGAGACCAAGGAGAGACUCUACCUGGUGCUAUUCUUUGACAAUAAGCGCACAUGGCAGUGGCUGCCACGUGAGAAACUGACACCUCUGGGUGCUGACGACACCGCAGACAAGCUGCGCAUCAUGGAGGGCCGCAAGUCCAGUAUUCGUAAGUCUGUCCAGGUGGCGUAUGACCGCGCCAUGAUCCACCAGAGCAGAGUCAGCCACAGCCGCGACUUCGUGGCUUCUAACUACCUGUAGAGGGUGACAGGGAGCCUCGUGUGCACCCACAGUCAGCCACUAUGCAUCUUUACAGCCGCAGGUGGGCGAGUCCUGCUGGGAGUUGAAUUCGUAUUCACUGUGGUCUGAAGAAGCUGCCACGUCCUGGACUAAACCACUAGUGUCUGACACAGAGCAGCAGUGUUUGCCUUCCUGUGCCACCACGCGAGGAUGUGAAUGAAGCUACUUAUCAGUUUUAUGUUGCUGCGGUCAGCGAUGAGGCGUCUGCUUACUCCAUCUGGAUGUGUCGGGAAUGUACGUCUAGAGUUAAUGUAAAAGAGUUACCCUCUAUUUUGUAUAAUUUUACUGCCAAGGAAUCUAUUUCAGAAGAGAGAUUUGACAUAUUUAUAUGAACCGCAGAAGAUGAAUGAAUGGUCACUGCCAUUUUUUCUACAACAGCUUUUUACAUUUUGAUCUUUUACAAAGACACUUGUAUAUUAUGAAGGCACAUUUUGUGUACAUAUGUAUGUGUUUUAUCAAAACUAAUUUAACGUUGCUAUUUUAAAAUGCGUAUUUCAAUCAACCCACAGGGGGAAAAGAGGCUGUGUAUAUUUGGAGAUAAUUCCCAACUUGCUGCAGUAUAUUGGCUUGUCUGAUGAAAUUUCGUUGUGCUCUGCGUGUGUGUGCGUUCAGAGCCUACAACACGAUGAGCUGUUGGUCUUUAUAUUUGAAUUCUCUUUUUGAUACAGAGAGAAAUAAUUUAUUUAUGGAGGAUAGUGCGAUAGAACUAAAGCUAUAUUGCUUAAAGCUGAGAUGUAUUUAACUAAAAUGGAGUGAGGUUUUAAAGUCAUUCAGCCACCGUUUUAAACAGAUGAGUUCACAUUUGGUUUAAUGUUGAUAAAACCCAACCACCGUCAUUCACUGAUGAACCUAGAUGAUUCUAUUUAUUAUCAAGAGCCACAUUUUAUCAAAUGGAAGUACACCUUUAUAAGCUUUUACCAUGUGCAUAAUUUACCUUCUCACCAAAUAUUGUUUGAACCAGUACUUCCUCGUUUUGGGAAAUAAAUGUUCUAUUAAAAACCUAUUGGGAUCCUU